UACACCCAGCGUUGUCUGCGCGGUUGUACGCUUGAUGUGCGUUUACACGCCAGAGCACGCCAGAGCCAAAGCAGUAUAUACCGCUAGAGCUGCGCGCAAGGGUCGCUUUGUUCUGCGAAGGGCCUAGUACGCUCGCUGGUACUGCUGGGUCUACUGAACCCUUCAAAGCACGGUGUACUGGCGUGUCAGCCUCUGGGAAGUGUGGAAUAAUGGAGGACAGCUAUGAAGAACCAGACAGAAGAGUAAGUGAAAAUGAAGAUCUGGAUGAGAGAACACAGAUUCGCAAAGAACUAGCAGACAUGUCUUUUGAGGACAUUCAAAAGCUGAAAGAUGACCUUGGUGCAAAGGUUUUCAAUGAGGCCUAUCAUGGGAAGCCUCUUCGAAAGCACCCUCAAAGUAGGGUUCAUUUCAGUGUGAAAAGCAGGCGAAGUCAAGCCUAUUCCAAGCAGAGCAAGCAUGCACCCCGGGAAGAGUCCUCAAAAAUGCGCGUGCCCUCCGUUCGGGAUGUGGUGCUGGUCCCAAAGGUGAUCAGAAGGGAUCCCAGGUUUGAUGGCGUAUCAGGAAGCUUCGAUGAAAAAGCGUGGCAAAAAAACUAUAAGUUUGUUGAUGAGCUGAAGUCAUCAGAAAAAGACCGUCUAAAAGAACAAUAUCAUCAGGAAUCUGAUCCUUCUGAGAAGAAGAAGCUUAAGCUGCUGCUGCAGCGGAUUCAGAACAAAGAAAAAGCGCGAAAGGUGAAAGAAGAGAAAGAAGCUCAAGAGCACGCUGAGCGAGAAGAAAAUAUUUCCAGGCUGAAAGCAGGUAAAAAGCCGGUGUACAAGAGCAAAGGCUUCAAAAAGAAGGAAGCUCUGGCUGAGAAAUUCCUUGCAUUAAAGGAAAGUGGUAGACUGGACAAAUACAUGCAGAAGAAGCGAAAGAAGGAUGCGGGGAAAUCCAAGAAACAGCUUUUAACGUAAACAGUGCAAUGGAAUGUUCAUAUUUACGUAAGAACUUGUGACAUUGUCGGUGCCUAUCGUUAUUUUGGUGAAACUCGCUCUAGGGUCUGGUUCAUAAAGCCUGUGAGGUGACAAAUGCGUGCUGAUAAUACAGGUAUUAGUCGUCGA